AUGAUCAGUCAGAAAACCAAAAACCGCUUCUUUAUUAGCUUCACCCUUUCGAUAUGCCUCAUCCUUUUCGUUUUACUUCAACCUUCGGGCCCUCCGAGCCCCGCGGUUCGCGCUCCGGGACAUAUUACCCAUGAAUCUGCGCCCGCUGGGGGUGUCACCAUACAGGAGGACUUGCUCAAAGGGUCUGUCGUGAUGCCGAAGCUUGGAAAUGAAACAGUGAAAGCCGAACUAGGCCGUGCAACAUGGAAGUAUUUCCACACUGUUAUGGCACGAUUCCCCGAAAAGCCUACGCAAGACGAGCAGGAUGCACUGCGCACAUAUAUCCACCUAUUUGCGAGAUUAUACCCCUGUGGUGAAUGCGCCGAACAUUUCCAGCAACAUAUUAAUAAAUACCCGCCGCAGGUUUCAUCACGAAAGGCCGCGGCUGGGUGGGCUUGCUUCGUUCACAAUGAGGUCAAUGAGAUGCUCGGCAAACCCGAGUUUGACUGCAACAACCUAGGCUCUUUCUACGAUUGUGGCUGUGCCGACGGGGAAGAGGACAGCGAGAAAGAUUCCGAGAGCAACAACGACCACGCUACAACCCGUAACGAUGGGCAGGCCGAUGACUCGGAUCAUGAUCACCUGGUUGUGGAAAUCUCCAAGGAAGCGUUGGUUCCCUCUUGA